CGUGGAACGAGACGGGGAAGUUGGCGCAUGCGCGCACGGCUGACGGGUUUGAAAUGGCUUCGGUGUUAGCCGGGACCCGACUCAGAUCACUGCUAUAGAAGAGAAACAGUGAAGGUUUUUUUCCCCCUUGCAUCAUGGCUCAGUUUGGAGGACAGAAGAAUCCGCCCUGGGCUACUCAGUUUACAGCCACUGCAGUAUCACAGCCAGCUGCACUAGGUGUUCAGCAGCCAUCACUUCUUGGAGCAUCUCCUACCAUUUAUACCCAGCAGACUGCCUUGGCAGCAGCAGGCCUGACCACACAAACACCAGCAAACUAUCAGUUAACACAAACUGCAGCAUUACAGCAACAAGCUGCUGCUGCUGCAGCUGCAUUGCAACAGCAAUAUUCACAACCUCAGCAGGCCUUGUAUAGUGUGCAGCAACAGUUACAGCAGCCUCAGCAGACCAUUUUAACACAGCCAGCGGUUGCACUGCCUACGAGCCUUAGCCUGUCUACUCCUCAGCCUGCAGCACAGAUAACUGUAUCAUAUCCAACACCACGGUCCAGUCAGCAACAAACUCAGCCUCAGAAACAGCGAGUUUUCACAGGAGUGGUUACAAAGCUACAUGAUACCUUUGGAUUUGUGGAUGAAGAUGUAUUCUUUCAGCUUAGCGCUGUCAAAGGGAAAACCCCCCAAGUGGGUGACAGAGUAUUGGUUGAAGCUACUUAUAAUCCUAAUAUGCCUUUUAAGUGGAAUGCACAAAGAAUACAAACACUACCAAAUCAGAAUCAGUCCCAAACUCAGCCUUUACUGAAGACUCCUCCUGCUGUACUUCAGCCAAUUGCACCACAGACAACAUUUGGUGUUCAGGCUCAGCCCCAGCCUCAAUCACUUCUACAGGCCCAGAUUUCAGCAGCUUCUAUUACACCACUGUUGCAGACUCAGCCACAGCCUCUCUUACAGCAGCCACAGCAAAAAGCUGGUUUAUUGCAGCCUCCUGUUCGCAUAGUUUCACAGCCCCAACCAACACGAAGGUUAGAUCCACCUUCUAGAUUUUCAGGAAGGAAUGACAGAGGGGAUCAAGUACCUAACAGGAAAGAUGACCGAAGUCGUGAAAGGGAGAGAGAAAGACGUAGAUCCAGAGAAAGAUCACCUCAGAGGAAACGUUCCCGGGAGAGAUCUCCUCGGAGAGAGAGAGAGCGAUCACCUCGGAGAGUUCGACGUGUUGUUCCGCGUUACACAGUGCAAUUUUCCAAGUUUUCUCUAGAUUGCUAUGAGAAAUUGAGCUUUAACCCACUGUUACCAAUAUUAAGUGCUAUUCUGAGAAGAGUAAUGCUGAUGGCUAGCCCUAGUAUGGACGAUUUGUAUCAUAAGUCAUGUGCUCUUGCUGAAGACCCACAAGAACUUCGAGACGGAUUUCAGCAUCCUGCUAGACUUGUUAAGUUUUUAGUGGGCAUGAAAGGCAAGGAUGAAGCCAUGGCCAUUGGAGGCCACUGGUCUCCUUCGUUGGAUGGACCAGACCCAGAAAAGGAUCCCUCUGUGUUGAUUAAGACUGCUAUUCGUUGUUGUAAGGCCCUGACAGGCAUUGAUCUAAGUGUAUGCACACAAUGGUACCGUUUUGCAGAGAUUCGCUACCAUCGCCCUGAGGAGACCCACAAGGGGCGUACAGUUCCAGCUCAUGUGGAGACAGUGGUUUUAUUUUUCCCGGAUGUUUGGCAUUGCCUUCCCACCCGCUCAGAGUGGGAAACCCUCUCCCGAGGAUACAAGCAGCAGCUGGUCGAGAAGCUUCAGGGUGAACGCAAGGAGGCUGAUGGAGAACAGGAUGAAGAAGAAAAGGAUGAUGGUGAAGCUAAAGAAAUUUCCACUCCUACCCAUUGGUCUAAACUCGAUCCAAAGACGAUGAAGGUAAAUGACCUCCGAAAAGAAUUAGAAAGUCGAGCUCUUAGUUCCAAAGGAUUAAAAUCCCAAUUAAUAGCUCGACUGACAAAACAACUGAAAGUAGAAGAACAAAAAGAAGAACAGAAGGAGUUAGAGAAAUCUGAAAAAGAGGAGGAGGAAGAGGAUGAUAGGAAAUCUGAAGAUGAUAAAGAGGAGGAAGAAAGAAAACGUCAAGAGGAAAUGGAACGUCAGCGUCGAGAAAGAAGAUACAUUUUACCGGAUGAACCAGCCAUCAUUGUUCAUCCAAAUUGGGCUGCAAAAAGUGGCAAAUUUGAUUGUAGCAUCAUGUCUUUGAGUGUCCUAUUGGACUACAGAUUAGAGGAUAACAAAGAACAUUCAUUUGAGGUUUCAUUGUUUGCAGAACUUUUCAAUGAAAUGCUUCAAAGGGAUUUUGGUGUCAGGAUAUACAAGUCAUUACUCUCUCUUCCUGAAAAAGAGGACAAAAAAGAAAAAGAUAAGAAAAAUAAAAAAGAUGAGAGGAAAGAUAAAAAAGAAGAGAGAGAUGAUGAAAAUGAUGAGCCAAAACCCAAAAGGAGAAAAUCAGGUGAUGAUAAAGACAAAAAAGAAGACAGAGAUGAAAGGAAGAAAGAAGAUAAAAGAAAAGAUGAUUCUAAAGAUGAUGAUGAAACAGAAGAAGAUAAUAAUCAAGAUGAAUAUGACCCAAUGGAGGCAGAAGAAGCUGAGGAUGAAGAAGAUGAUCGGGAUGAAGAGGAAAUAAACAAAAGAGAUGACAAAAGAGAUAUCAACAGAUAUUGCAAGGAGAGACCAUCUAAAGAUAAGGAAAAAGAAAAGACUCAGAUGGUCACAAUUAACAGGGAUCUAUUAAUGGCCUUUGUUUACUUUGAUCAAAGCCAUUGUGGUUACCUUCUUGAAAAGGAUUUAGAAGAAAUACUAUAUACUCUUGGACUACAUCUUUCUCGAGCUCAGGUAAAGAAGCUUCUUAAUAAAGUAGUCCUCCGUGAAUCGUGCUUUUAUCGGAAAUUAACUGAUACCUCAAAAGAUGAAGAAAACCAUGAAGAGUCUGAAUCACUGCAAGAGGAUAUGCUAGGAAAUAGGUUGUUACUUCCAACACCAACAGUUAAACAGGAACUUAAGGAUGUAGAGGAAAAUGUAGGACUCAUUGUGUACAAUGGUGCAAUGGUUGAUGUAGGAAGCCUCUUGCAAAAAUUGGAGAAGAGUGAAAAAGUAAGAGCUGAAGUAGAACAGAAGCUACAGCUACUAGAAGAAAAAACAGAUGAAGAUGAAAAAACCAUAUUAAAUUUGGAGAUUUCUAACAAAAGCCUCUCUGGUGAACUCAAAGAAGUUAAAAAGGACCUUAGUCAAUUACAAGAAAAUUUAAAGGUUUCAGAAAACAUGAAUUUGCAAUUUGAAAACCAGCUGAGCAAGACAAUCAGAAACCUGUCCACAGUAAUGGAUGAAAUACAUACUGUUCUCAAGAAGGAUAACAUAAAGAAUGAAGACAAAGAUCAAAAAUCCAAGGAGAAUGGUGCAAGUGUAUGAUAAUAUUUGUGUUGUGAUGUGGAAUGUUGUUAAAUAAUGUACAUAUAAAAUCAUGAUACAAGAAUGUUUGAAGGUGAUGCAUGUUUGAUUUUAGUAGUAUAAAUAUGUUAGUUCAAAUGAUGUAUAAAGUUUUAUGAAUGUGAGUCUGCUUUUGAAAAUUGCUUGUAAUUUCUAGCAUUCAAAUUAUUAAACACUCCUUGAGUGUAAUAAUUUUGCAUUGCAAAAUGUUUUAGGAUGAACUUUGUUAUGGUUUUAAGCUCAAUAAAGUUCAUCAAUUUAAUUGACAGUA